AUGGGUGAAGAAGGAAACGCUCAACAACUGAUAGGCUUACAGGUCAGAUCAAUCGGUAAGAUUGGAUCAUACGACGAAUCAAUCGAGACAUGGGAUGUCUACACAGAACGUGUUGAUCUUUACUUUAAAGCUAACGGGGUGUCUGAAGACUUAUUAGUGCCGUCAUUCUUAGCAGUAAUAGGACCUAAAACGUACGGGCUACUUAAGAACAUUUUUGCACUUACUAAACCUGCAGAUCUCACUGAAUCUGUUCAGAAGAAAGUACUUGCUAAACCAGCACUAACCUUGGAUACUGCAGUAAAAAUUGCACACGCAAUGGAGACAGCAGGACGUGAUGCAACAGAGCUUCGUGAGCAGAGAAACACCAGUGCUACAGUUCAAAAGGUAAAUGGUAGUCAGAAAUCAAAACCUCGUUUUUUCUAUGAAACCUCAGACACAGAAACAUAUGCCAGCACCACAACAACGUUCACACAAACCAUGUUGGAGAUGUGGAGCCUUAUCCUAGCCGCGAAAAUUCUCGACAGACAUCAAGCUGUUUUGGGGUCAGAAAAUGGAAAACUGGAAGGAAUUAGAGCUACACUGUACCUGGAAGAUAAUGCUCAACCAAAAUUCUGUAAGGCUAGACCCGUGCCUUAUUCCCUGAAGCCAAAAGUCGAGGAAGAACUCAAGCGCCUGGAGAAGGAGGGCAUCAUCAAGUCAGUUAUCCACAGUAAAUGGGCCUCACCUGUUGUCCCUGUAGUGAAGAAAAAUGGUCAAGUACGUCUAUGUGGAGACUACAAGGUAACCAUAACCCCAGUAAUGAAGGUGGACCAGUAUCGUUUACCUCGAAUUCAGGAUAUAUUUGUUUCACUAGCAGGAGGAAGGAAGUUUUCUAAGAUAGACUUGAGACAAGCCUACAACCAGAUGGAAGUGGAUGAGUCUUCCAGAGAGCUAAUGACAAUUAAUACACACAAGGGCUUAUACCAGUACACACGCCUACAGUUUGGUGUAGCUGCUGCCCCAUCUAUCUGGCAACGUGCAAUGGACCAAGUGUUACAGGGGAUACCAUUCAUAUCAUGUGUCUUAGAUGACAUGAUAAUAAGCGGAAAAACAAAUGAAGAACACCUUGCAAAUCUCGAUGCAGUUUUAGAACAAUUAGAAAAGUUUGAUCUACGAGCUAACCUAGAAAAGUGCGACUUCUUUAAAGCACAAGUGUCAUACUGUGGUCAUAUGAUAUCAGAGGAGGGACUGAAGAAGUCACCAGACAAGGUCAAUGCUGUACUUAAUGCACCUGGACCAGAGAACUUACAGCAACUCCGAUCAUUCCUGGGCUUAGUUAAUUACUAUCGUUCCUUCUUACCAAACCUGUCAACAGUCCUGUUAACAAGCCCAGUCAGAAUUGCGUCGCAAGAGGAAGAAGAAGAAGAAAAGAGGUCAAAAGAGAAAACGUAA